AGUUGUACUAUCCCAUCAAAUUAUUUGUGGCAUCCUAGAUUGUUGAAGCCCAACAUAUCAGCUAAGUUCGUGGUCUGUAUGACCAGACUAGCUAGUUGUCUAUCAGAUUAUGAGGUACUUGUCACCUCAUUUGAUUGGCAGGUCUCUGCCUUUACAUCAGAUAGCUGUGUACAGUUAGGAAUCUAAGCUUUAUUCUAUUUCCUUUGUCUUCUUACUUCCAUUCAUGGUGAUGCUAUACCACUUAAUUUUAGAUGUAAACAAUUCCAGUCACUGGACACUCAAGACAUAUAACUCCGCCACUUUGUUUCCCUUGUCUCAUUGCCCCCCUCCUCUCUCUCACCAUUGACCUACUACUACUACAUAGGUCCAUGCUCUUUCCUUCCAGUCAGCAGCAUGCAGGAGUUUGAUUAGAAGUAAACACGAUUGCAUAACACUUGAGUCUCUUUGGAGAAAAACAUUUGUUGAGGAGACCAGGGAGUUGUAAAUGGAUUUGGGGAAAGUCAAUAGGUGUUUAGUCCAUACAUCCAUUCAGUUGUUUUGUGGAGCUACUUUGUCUUGCAGUUCUAUUUCCUUGUCUGUCCAUUCAUCCAUUCAUUUUUUUGUGUCAGAUCAUCCAUAAAACUUUUGCUUGAAGAAUUGGCAUUUUGUUAAUUUUCACCUGGAUUAUCAUUAAUGACUCCUCUGCAUUAUAUGAAAGGCUUCACAUUCCCAGAAGUCUACUAGAAGCUUGGAGUAAGGACAAGUGUGAGGUCUGUGCCACACACGUCAACCAACUCAAGGGAGAGGCUGUUGCAAUGGUCCAAUCGCUUGAGGAAGCACAAGCACAGAACGAUGCUGCAAACAUCGGUCGUCUAUCAGGUCUGGUAGGAUCCCGUGACCUAGCGUCUCUUCAGCGGUACCUCUACGCCCACCACGCCCAUGGCGCAGCCGCCGCCCAGCAGCACCAUCGGUCCGCUAGGCAGCAGGUGAAAGGACAGCAUACGACAGCAGCAGCUGCAGCUGUAGCAGCAGCUCGUAAGCAAGCAUUGCCCCCUUCUCUACAGGCCCAGCAGUACUUGGAAGAAAGUCUUGGAGCAUCAUGGUGGACGCAUCCAAAGCUUAGCUCCAUGCUCUCAUCAGCACACCAGGGUAACUUUGGAGGAGGUGUUGUCGGCAAUAAUGCAGGUCCCAUGGGGAGGACAACCGUCCCACAGAGUCUCACCUAUAUACCACCUCAAGAUAGACAUCAGGUACCUGCUGCCAUAGCAACAACAUCCUCUGGAAUAGGCCCAGUGACAGGUACUAGCACAGCAGCAGCCAUGGCAAUGCGUCAGUCUACUGCUCCUACCAAUACUAUCACAGCACCAGUGACGGGUUCUUCAGCGGCAGCAUCUUUCUUUGCAAGGUAUGGGCUUGAAGACUUAUGUCAUCACUUUAUUUCAUGAAUAACAAUGAUUAUUUAUAUUCUCUAAAGGAUGUAGAUGAUUCGAUGGGGUGAAUGAGUGUCAAGUUGGUGAUGACAUAGUAACACAUCCUAGUUGUAGAACUGGUAUGACGAUGCGGUGCAUCCAGGAGGAGUCUACUAAUGGCUGUCAAGGUGGUGGUGAUGAGGAUGGUCUACAUGUGUAGCCCAUCUUCAAUACUUGGUGAUGUUGGUUUAAUGGAAUGAUUAUGAUUCAAUCAUGUUCAAGCUUGAUUGAAUGUCACUACAUUUCUGUCAGUUUUGAUUUUUGACAGAGAGUGAGAGAAGGAUAACAAAAGGGGGAAUAAGGGAGGAAAAGGGAGAGAGAGAGAGAGAGAAUGAGAUACAAGUCCACAAACAAUCAUUUGUCUGUUUUUGUUGAGUCAUUAUGUGUUUCAUAAUGUUGUAGCUUGUAGACAUUUAACAAACAGACCUGAAGGCUUUAGUUAGUUCUCAAAAAUAGAUACGAAAGCCACAAGCCAGACAUGAUCAGAGAUUGUCAUGAAACUGUUGUAUUUCAGAAAUCCUUUCUGUUGUUAAGUUCUAUUCCAUACCAUACGACUCCUCCUAAUUAGUUCAAGGAGCCAGGAUAGCUUUAUCCAAUUUCACAGGGGUGUGAUCGCAACAAUCAAACCCAUCCCAAUGGAACACUGACUAGAGAAAAAGGUACCAGAAACUCAAACCCAAACUAAGCGUUUAUUUAUUUUUUGCUUUGGAGACUAAGGUGAUGUGGUUGUCUUCUUAUUGUUGAGAAUAGUUUUUAUGUUGCUGGAUAGAUGUAAAUGAUCCAUUUUCUAUAAAGGUUUUUCUGUCUCCUCUUCUUGAACAUUGCGUUUGAAGAGCGCAAUCACACGCGAAUUAAUGAGCUGUACAAAAAUGCAUUAAGGCAACCAUAGAUGGGAGAUGAGGCGGGUACAAAGAAAUGGGUCAGACGGAGGUCGCACCUUCCACUGUUCGCGACUCAUCAAUGUCAAAGAUCGUUUGGAAACUCCUAAAGUUGAUGGCAAGGAUUAGAGGGAAAUUUUUAUCCUUUUGUACUGUUGAAAAUACUUGCAAAAUUACUCACUUACCUUUCUUUUCUGCCCAACGAAAAUUGGCAGCAAUUUGUGAGUGAAAAGGAGAAGUUUGAUCAUGACAACAGACAGUUAUUGCUUGAUCAAAACUUCGCAAUUGGUGUAGUCAGUAUUUGCCAGCUAAUUGCUUGUUGCCUUAGGCUGUUACGGGAUUUAUGAAUAUGAUUUAUCUCAACAAGAGGAUGAGGUUGAGUAGAAUGAUUUGAACCAACCCACCUGUAUGAGAUGGUAGAUUGGGUAGUAUUGUGGUGAAUGAAUGGGAACAAAUCUAAAUGGGUAAAAUGAGAUGUCAUAUUCUUGAUUAAUGGUGAUCAUCAUUAGAGAACAACCAUAUCAGAUUACCACAAAGUGAUGUUUAACCCAAAUUGGUUUUCAUGCAGGUACUUUAGCUUUAUACUUCAUUGUCAAGCCAGGAGCUAUAGAUGCCCUUCGUUUCAUGUUUAUUUAUUUCUACUGAGAUUCUUCAUGCACCUUUUCUCUUUAGAAAGAUUUUCUUCUGGUCUUUUUAGUUGAAAUGAAAUAUUUUUGAUAUGCACCUUUAAUCUAACAUCUUUGUUAUUUCUUAUUAUCGUUUAAAGGGCUCAAAUGCAGAUCAUGUCAUACUUCAUGUAUGUACUUUACACUUGUCAUUAAUCAGAGUGUCUGUAUAGAAACCUUAAUGGGUAUCACCCUCUCAUCCUUUCUACCAUGAGGACAGCAAUGUUCUAACGGUCAUGGUCUGAACUUACGAAUGAAUCUCUUCUUCUAAUGGGUUACAAAGUCAAUGUCAAAGUCAAACCCGGACAUCCAGUAAGGACCAUGUUGUUCUUCUAACGGUGUCAAGUUUGCUAUACGAGAUGACAUACCUUUCCCAGCACAUCCUUUCUACCUAUACUCCAUCUUCUCUCCUCAUCUCUCCUCAUCUC